AAUGGGAAACUGCUGGCACAAUCGUCUGCUCGCUUUUUGUGCAUGUUGCAAUGGGAGAUUCUGCAAAUUUUUAACGUGCAGAAACAGUACGUGCACGCACGCAAUACAGACGGAAGUUACAAACGAAACACGCGGGUUGUUCCGGCGGACCAACUUUUCCUGUAUUCAUGGUUGCUUUUCUCUACCGGAUUUUUCUAAUUUGAAUACGGUGACAUCCUCUGGAAAUACGUUGGUCAUCAUUUUAAUCGAUAUUCGGCAUCACCACUCCGGAAAACCGUAGUAUUUAUAAAGUAUGGGACGGUCAAAAAUGCUCACUUGAUUGACUCGACAUCACCAUUGCAGUUUUGCGUGAAAAGUUGCUGUCAUUUUUAGUGUCAACAUAAAAACAAACGCGCUUGGCUGUGACUGUGUCGUCUGCCACCGUCGGUAGAAAACUAUCUGGAAACUCCUCAGUUUCUUGGACCGAGACAAUUUUCCUGCAAGGAAUUAUGGAAAGUAGCGUGGAUUUUCGGAGAUUUCUCCUCUUUUGGUUUGGACUGUUGUUGUUUGUCGGCGAUGGAGUUUUAUCGCAACUGGAGCGGCCGACUUGCGAGAACGUUCGGAACAUUUUCACAAGUUUGCAGUUUGCACGGGAUGUGGACACGCCAGAAAAUCCAAUUUCAGGAGCAGGUCUGAAAGUGUGCCAGCGAGACACAACUUGUUGCACUCGGCGGAUGGAGGAAUUGUUGCAGCAACAAUCAGAAGAUGACUUCAGGAAAGCCAUACAGACGAACGUGGAUUACUUGGAGUUCUUGUUGUCCUCACAUGCUGACGACUUCAAAGAGGAGUUUGAGGAACUGCUGAGAUAUGGCGAGGCAAAGCUCCAACAGAACUUCCGCAUCAUGUACAUCGGCAUUGCCCUGGAUCUGGACAAUGACGUCAGAAAGCUGUUCGCAGAUCUCAGUGAACAUUUAAAUGGGAAUGAGGUUAAGAUUCAAAGGAGUGUCAGAAACUUCUUUGAUGAACUCUUCCCCCUCCUGUACAGCCAGAUUGACAAGUCCGCGGGCCGCGUGGGCGGCCUCUUCUCCAACUGUCUCUCGGCCAAGCGAGCCAUCAUCCAGCCCUUUGGCGACAUCCCCCGUCAGAUGGCUACCCUCCUCUACCACUCUGUGGAGACCUCCCGUAUCGUCCUCCGGGCCAUCCAGCAGGGCCGGCAGGUCCUGAACGCCACCUUCAACAUGGCCCUGGGGAAGAAGUGUGGCCGGUCCCUGCUGGAGAUGAACUACUGUGGUCUGUGCGAGGGCCAGCUGGAUGCCCCGCCCUGCCGCUCCUACUGCCUGAACGUGGUCCGGGGCUGCCUGGCCAACUUCAUGGACCUGGACGGUCCCUGGAACCUGUACGUCACCUCCGUCAUUGACCUGAUCCGGCACAGCAUGAUGAAGGACAACGACCUCCAGCAAGCCAUGAACUCCCUGGAGUAUCUCUUCAAUGAUGCCGUCAACUACGCCCACGAAAACGAGGGCGAUAUCACAUAUGAGGUACACAGACUGUGCGGGUAUCCCGCCAGGGGGCGGCCUUCUCCCUUCAACGAGUUUGCGGCCGCCAACCCGCCGGUCGUGGAUUUCCCCAUGGUGCCCAACCCCAGCGUUCCCUUGGACGAGAGGCUGCUGGAGUUUGUGGAGAGCCUGGAUCGGUCCAGGGGUGUCUACCACCACCUUCCCACCAUGAUGUGCAGUGAGGAUGAGCUGGGCUCCACACAGGACGAGGAGUGCUGGACAGGCCAGUUGGUCGGAGAGUACUCCAUGUCACCCGUCCAGAAUGGUCUGGGCGCCCAGGUGCACAACCCAGAGGUGUCCUGGACAGGGAGGGAGUUUGAAUUACUGCAAGCAUUCGCUCUCAUGGACAAACUGGAAGUCAUUACACAUGCCAUUCGCAUGAAACUCCAGGGCAAGAACAGACAUCCGGACGAAAACAACUUCAGCGGGAGCGGAAGCGGCAGCGGUUGCUAUGGCGACGACGAGGACUGCAUCAGCGGCUCGGGUGCCACGACGACAGCUGAGACCCGCAGCAAUCAAACAGACAUGGUCUUCACAACGACAACUGCGGAAACCACCAGUGAGGAAACGGAUUUCCACUUCGAUGCCAGCACCCCAAGGGAAGGCGUUGACACUCGGGGAGGCAUUGACAACGCCAGCCCACCCACCGAUACCCCCUCAUCUAGCCAGUGGCCCUUCAGGCCCACGCGGGGGAGGCUCACCACCAAGAAACCGAUCAUCAGAGCCACCACAGCGAGACCGCUCGGAGAGGAGGAACAAGUUCCCGAGAGCACCACCCCAGCGGAGAAAGACAAAGGGGGCAAACAGAAGGGCAAUGGUGUCGAAGGUGCCCCCAGGAUCUCCGCCCUCCUUGUAUCACUGUGUCUGCUCUUAUCCUGUAUGUGGCACAGGUAUUAAUAGCGCCCCACUUAAUUUUUUAAUUUAAAGAACGAUCUUUCAUUUUUUCUAUUUUUAAUGCCAAGAGUUUAUAUUUGUUCAGAGGAUAGGAAGAUUUUGGGUUGAUCAGUACAACUAUCAAGUGUGUCAGUUUUGGAAGGUUCUGGGAUUUCAUUAAAACCCAAUAUUAAAUUUACAUCAUCCCGACGCAAAUUCCAUCUUAUGAAUAGUUUGGUUGCGGUACCUGCUGCUAAAUCAGCCAGCC